AUGCCUUCCAAACCCCGAGACGAGACCAAGGCUACCAAGCGCUGGAGCAAGAAGCUCAAGGACGUCAAGGGCAGGCUCACCAAUAGAGGGGAACCUCAAGUCGAAGAGGUCGCCGCCCCCGAACCGCCAGAUACUCCAAUUCACAAGCAGUACGCGACUCAGCAACGUGAAGCUGCUCGUCGGCAAGCAGAGCUUGGCUUCACCUCGACUGAUAAUCUAUCGGGUCGAGCAACGCCGAGCACUUCAUAUUGGAGCAGCGCAACUGCUACUCCUUCAGUCGAGUCCCCGCAGCGAAAUCUAGACGGAUCGACUCCGGGCACACAAUCCACAUCGCCUUACAGGUCUCGCAUUGAGAGCGGAUCUAUCUGGAAGAACGAGCACGAGAUAGACGGCCAACCAGUCACACAGCCAUCCUCUGACACUUCUCGAGGGACGUUGACUCGAAGUCCUCCUCAGGUCACAUCAACUCACAGUGAUGCCCCUCCGAGGCUUAUGGUUGAGCUUCCCUCGGAGCGCAUGAUAGAUACCGAGCCGGUUGAGAUGCCAGUGGAAGAACCGAAGCCAACAGAAACAAACCAAGAGCCAGAAGAAGCAAUGCGAAGCCAGACAGGCAACACCAGUGGGCGAGAUUCGCCCCUCGCGACUCGACACCGCAAUGAGUCUUACUCUGAACGAACAGGUGGACUUCCAUCGUCGCCUGAUCAGCACAAGGCAGGCCCUUCGCAACCUCCAAUGGAUCCAGCACGAGCAGCUGCCACCCUCGCCUAUCAAGCUCAAACUUCUACUGCCACACAGAGGAAGGCUGUUGGUUCAACCACUGGGAACCCUCCAUAUCCGACUGCCCAGAACGAUGCGGUUCCUCCCCCACUUGUUCCACCAAGAGGUGCGAGUGUGAGGCCAGAAGUUGUCCGAUCUGAGGCUGUUCGUUCAGAUACUGUUCGGUCUGAAGGUGUUCGGCCUGACGCCAUUCGGUCUGUCAGGUCUGAUGCUAUCCGGUCAGAGGUUGCUCGGUCAGAAGUUGCUCGGUCUGAGGCUGCCAGGUCCGAAGCUGCUCGAUCAGAAGCUGCGCGGUUAGAAGCUACGCGAUCAGAAACAGCUCGAUUGGAGGCUUCUCGAUCAGAAGCUGUUCGGCCAGAUCCUCCCAUCAACCAAGACCACACUCCUGACGAACGUGAUCGGAGAUCAGACCCUGCAAGGGAAACCGAUCCUUUCAACUAUAUAAUCGAUGACGAUGACGAUGACAACGACGACCAAUGGUCACAUCAGUCUACGGAACAGCAUGUGGAGUCUGAAGAGCGCCGAGGGACUGGCCUUCGUGACAGAUUCCGCAGAAAUGGAGGAACCCAAAAACAGCAUCAAACACUCCAAAAGCCUGGUGGUCAAAAUUCGAGCCUAGACGACUGGUCCAGGAAGCUCAAGGCCUUCCAAAAGCAACACAAGGUUCCAAAAGACCCCUAUGUCGACCAACUUGGUACAGUGUUGCAGUGGGCAAACAAGGAGCUCGAAAGGCGUAAACAAGCAGUCGAGGCCAAAGAUCAGCAGAUCAAGAGUUAUAGUGGCUCUGUCGGGAAGUUGAAGGAUGAGAUUGCGAGACUCAAUUCAUCGGUUGAGAAUCGGAAUCGUCAAAUCCAUCAGCUGCAGGAUGACUGGACCAAGGCUGAAAAUGCCAGACAAAAAGCUGCGGCAGAACGUGACAGUAUACAGACUCAUGCUCGCGGCCUCAAGGAUACCCUGAAAUCUACACAGAAGAAACUUGAGGCAGCCGAGCAGGAGUACCAGAUCGCCGUUGGCGAGCGAAACACUGCCCAACAGGAGUCGGCAAUGUACCAAAAGCACUACGAGCAGACGACAACUGAGCUACAAAAGGUGAAUUCCAACUUGAAUCGUGUGGUUGGAGAGAGGAACAAGGCUCGAACAGAAUGCAACGGGUACUGGGAGACUGCUCAGCAGAAGGAGCUGGAGCUGGAGGAUGCUCUCAAGAUCAACAAGCAGCUCGACCACAGUCUCACAACAACAACCAACGAGAGAGAUGCUUACAAGCAGAGUAGUGAUACUGCACUUGCUCGCUGCUUGGCGCUUGAAAAGGAAAAGAGGGAAGAGAUUGCCAAAACGCAGGCAAUCUAUUCUCGCCAAAUCAGCACUCUCAAUGAGAAUUCCAAGAAGAAGCAGGAAGAGCUUGAGGGCACCAUUACCGACAUGGCCUUGAGUCAUCAAAGAGUGGUUGAGGAGAUGACGGCUGAGCAUGAAGCUGAAAUUGCUCGACGAGAUGCUGAAGCCAAGAACUUGGAGGAGAGGUUCAGAGCCAAGUUGAGGGCCGAUACGACAAAGCUUCAGAACGAGUUGACGGCGGCUCACAAGCGCAUGGCGAGCUACAGUAACAUGGACGACUAUGUUGCUACACCAGAUGAUGAGUUCAGGAGCAACUUCUUGCACAUUGCUCAGCGCAUCAACAACCUCAACUACUGGGUUCCACGGCCAAACAACUACUCGUUCGACCCUGAGCUUGAUCCUGACAGCUUCUUGACCAGGAACGCUGAGCAAGGAGGUCGAAACUGGCCCAAGUUUGUACGCCAUGUUUGCUGGAGAAUCAUCAUGCAAGGCUUCUUUGACCGGCCUCUUGGAUUCGGUGCCCUUGGAUGUCAGGGAAGCGAUGGCUUUGAUGCCAUGGAUCACUUAUUCCAGGUCUUUGCUGUUACCGACACCAAAGGUUCACGGGGACUCAUUCUACCCAACACCAAGGAAAUGAAUUCCUGGCGCGCCGACUUCUUUGGGAAACUCCUCAAGAAAUGGCGACAGGGCUCGGCCUCGGACGACUACUACCUAAGGUUCUUCCAGGCCAAUGUUCAGCUGGUGACAAACGACCUGCUAGCAUCUCUACAACGGGCGAGCGGCAGCCGGCUAGAUCCUCAGGCCAGCGGUGAGAUCGCCGAGUUUGUCGAGGGUCUGGGUACUCUGGCGCUCGAGAUGGCCUCACAAAGGGCCCAGAUCUACCUAGACUCGUGCGAGCAUGGUGAGAGUGCAAACGUAGACAGGUUCAAGGAUGAGGCGGGCAUGGGGUCUGGUAGUGCUACCGUCGAUCUCAUGAUUCAGCCGUGUAUUCGUAGGGUGGGUGAUGGGCGGAAUGACUUUAGGGCUGAGAGGGUUAUCGUCAAGGGAGAUUUUGUUUCGGUCAAGGCGGGAUACUGA